CGAAAUUUCAGCAUCGCCAAACUACCCGCCUAUAGCUCUUGAGUGUGUUAACGACCACGUUCGACUCCCUUGCCAAAGCCAAUUUCUCUUAGUAUUUCACGAGCUUCGCCUUCUCCUCACCAUCAAGAUGAUCACCAAGUUUAUGACUGAGGUUUCGGCCAAAUUCAACCCGUUCUCUGCCUGCGCAAAGCCAGCUCGUCUGUUUCUCACAUUUCUGCCUCCGAAUGCCCGAGCGAAUGGAACAACAAUCACAUCAACCAUCCUGCCCCGAACUUCAAAAGAGCCCAGCUCCCUACGAGUGAAAUUUAAGGAUGGCAAGGAGCUCAACUUCGACUGCCAAAAGAUCAACAUUAAAGGACUGGUCGAGGAAGUAGACCGACAUUCGCGUCAACUGCAGAAGGCAGCCGACUUGACCGAUUAAAAUAUGUGAAAAACAACGCUAUACUGUAACACUCUGCACAAAUGGCGUUUAGGAAACGACUCAUGUACAUUUACGAACCCCAACAUGGCAUAGCAGGGAUUGAGGGUCUUGUAUAAUAUUACGACAAUUGGCAUCAUUUUUAUAUAUUGUUCUUGAGUAUCUCUGUGCUCAACUUUUGUGAAGACUACAUGUCUGCCAUACUUCUUCCUUUUAUGCAAGAUGGUUGGUCUAUGAACACUUAAGCAGAGGCACCGCUGAUGAAGAACCACUUGUCGAUGGAAGCAUCGAUCUUCUCGGCGGGGACAUCCUCGUUGGGAGGCAGAGGGGGGAGCUGGUCAGGGGAGACGCGAGAAGGAGAGUUCUGGACAGUGACGUUGGUGCUAUGCAAACAUUAAUAUCAACUGUGUUGGGAAGACAGC